CUUAGGUAUAAAAAGGAGACAAUUCCAGUCAGGUUCGAGACGCAAAACUUAGCGGACUACCUUAUUCUAGUUUUUCAUGUAAACGGGCUAAAAUCGUGCCUUUUUUGCCGUUUUUUCAACAUCUCUUGAUUGACUAGAGUAAUAAAGUGUCUAUGAUGGGAGAACCGAGCUUUGUAUCAUGGUCCGCUCAUCGCGGAGGAGGCUUCGGCGGUAAUCUCACAGUCGUAGACAAGGUCCUGCCUGAUAUGCUUCACAUGGUGCACCCCCAUUGGCACCAAUUCCCACCCAUGAACCCUCUCUGGCACGGUCUAUUGGGCUUCAUGAUUGGUGUACUUGGGUUUGUAUCCGUUGUUGGUAACGGCAUGGUGAUCAACAUCUUCUGCGGUGCUAAAUCUUUGCGGACUCCUUCGAAUUUACUGGUAGUGAACUUGGCUUUUUCUGAUUUCCUAAUGAUGUUUACAAUGGCAGCUCCAAUGGUGAUCAACUGCUACUAUGAAACCUGGGUCUUAGGUCCACUUUUCUGCGAAAUUUAUGGAAUGUUCGGCUCACUUUUCGGCUGUGCUUCCAUUUGGACCAUGACUUUCAUCGCCCUGGACAGAUAUAACGUUAUUGUUAAGGGAUUAAGUGCUCAACCUCUCACAAAGAAAACAGCAAUGCUCAGAAUUCUCAUUAUUUGGGCUAUGUCUGCUCUCUGGACACUCGCACCUAUGUUUGGAUGGAGCAGGUAUGUACCUGAAGGAAACAUGACUGCCUGUGGAACUGACUAUCUCACUCAAACCUGGCUUAGCAAAAGCUAUAUUUUGGCCUAUUCUAUCUUCGUAUACUUCGUUCCUCUCCUUACUAUCAUCUAUUCUUAUUGGUUUAUCGUACAGGCUGUAGCUGCUCAUGAAAAAUCGAUGAGAGAACAGGCUAAAAAAAUGAACGUGGCUUCCUUGAGAUCGUCAGAAGCUUCACAGACAAGUGCAGAAUGCAAAUUGGCUAAAAUCGCCCUUAUGACCAUCACAUUAUGGUUCUUCGCAUGGACCCCGUACCUCGUGACAAACUUUACCGGCAUUUUUGAAGCAGCCAAAAUAAGUCCCUUGGCUACCAUUUGGUGUUCACUCUUCGCUAAAGCGAAUGCAGUUUACAACCCCAUUGUAUAUGGUAUUAGCCACCCUAAAUAUAGACAGGAACUCCAGAGAAAAUAUCCUUCCUUGGUCUGUGCUCCCCCACCAGAUGAUACUGCGUCUGCAGCUUCAGGUGCUACAAACGUCGCUGAAGAAAAACAAAUACCUGCAUGAGCAACAUAAUAGUACACCGAAGAAAACAAUAAGAUGUAAAUAUAAUCGAAAACAAUGUAACUCAAGGCGAUGUAUUUUUUAAAUGUAAUAUAGUGGAUUGAUCACAAUGAA